AUGGCCGAAGAAUCAGAAGAUCAGAAGUAUGAGGUGCUAGAGAAGAUCGGUAAGCCAUCUCACUACCGUUGCCUCAUAUAUCAUCACACACUCACCUUCAUUUCAGGUCAGGGAUCUUUUGGCAUCAUCCGCAAAGUCCGCCGCAUCUCUACCAAGGACAUCCUAUGCCGGAAAGAGAUUUCGUACUCUCGCAUGUCUGAUCGAGAAAAAAUCCAACUCGCGGCCGAGCUCGACAUUCUCAAGACGUUCAACCACCCGCAUAUCGUGCGUUACUUCCAUCGGGAGCACAUCAAGGCCAGCCAUGACAUUCACCUGUAUAUGGAGUAUUGCGGCAAUGGCGACCUGGGAGGGUACAUUCGAAGGCUGAAGGAGAAGAAUGUGUGGGCGGAGGAAGAGUUUGUCUGGGGUGUUAUGGCGCAGUUGGUUGGAGCGUUGUAUCGUUGUCAUAAUGGCGAGGAUGCUCCAGGACCGAGUGAGGAUGGGGAGCCGAAAGUGAACAACACCAAAGGGUUACAAAGCAAGGUCGGUCGGAGGGUUAUAUUGCAUCGCGACCUGAAGCCUGAAAAUGUCUUCCUCUCAACCAACAAUGCCGUCAAGCUUGGCGACUUCGGGCUCUCCAAGAUCAUCGCCUCGCACGACUUCGCCUCGACUUACGUUGGCACACCGUUCUACAUGUCGCCAGAGAUUUGCGCAGCCGAGCGAUAUUCCACUGCUUCGGACGUCUGGUCGCUUGGGUGCAUCAUUUACGAGCUCGCCGCUCGCACCGUUCCAUUUGACGCCCGCUCCCAUGUCGAACUGGUCAUGAAGAUCAAGGCUGGACGCAUCAAGCCGUUGCCGGACAUGUAUUCGAGGGAGCUGUGGGAGGUCAUCUGUUGGUGUCUAAAAGUCGACCCGCGACAGAGGCCUGACACGGCAGGUUUGUUGCAGGUAGCGCAGAUAAAACAGGCGAGAAUGAGAUUGGCAGACGCAUCGAAGUUGGAGAGUUAUGAGGCGGAACUAGAGAAGGUGAAGGCGGAGAAAGAUGGUGCCCUGAGCAAGCUUAACGCGGCAUUGAGUCAGAUCCAGAGCUUGCAGGCAGAGGUGGCGAGCCUACGAGAAGUUGGCAAGAAGGUGGAGAUGGAGUGGCAUGCGAAGGCCACUUUAGCUAUUGACCAGCGGGUUGCAGAGGCGGAGAAGGUUCAGAAGGCAGAGCUGGAGCGGCAGAAGGCACAGCUCCUGCUGCAAUUCGAGGUGGCAGUGGAACAGCAGGUGGACGAGAAGCUG